UACCCUGUCGAAUUUGGAAAAUUGAUGAAUUUAGUGUGACAAAGGUCCGUUAUAUUCGAUGUCCAUCAUGCGUGCCUUUGGAUAACAAAGGAAGAUUUCGAAGCCGUUGGUUGCAUGACUGAACCCAAAUUGGAGAGGCCUACCAUUUUUCUCGUUUGCGUUUAAAAAUAAAUCAAGAUUCAUGUCAAUUGAACCCAUUGCUUGUGUAUGUAUCAGUGUGGCAGCAUGCUUGUGUAGCUAGGUGGCGAUUGUUGUUGCUGCUAAUCGAAGCGAGCAUUUUUUCGCCUUUGUAUUUCGAAAGACCUGCCUCGAUUGUCAACACCCAGUGUUGUUGGUAUUAAUGAUGGUGCUUGUUCUAGUGUGCAGGCUCCUGGCGUAUAUUUCAUAUCGAGUAGCUUUGUCUGCGUGAACAUCAUCGCAAUUUGACAACUGAGUGUAUCGCUAGCUGGUAUGAUAGAAGCCCGCGGUACACGUCAGUAUACCGCGCACUCAUUCAACAUAUCGGCCUUAUCACCGCGUCAUCGACGAGGCAAUCAUCAUGAAAUGGAAGACAUGUUCACACUUCAACCGUACUGGUUGGAUCAUGGCAGUGACCGCGUUCAUACAUCUAACGAUAACAUAUGGGAUCAUUUCUAGUUUUGUUGUUCUCUUUGUUUCACUUGAAGAAGAAUUUGAAUCCUCAGCAGUAGCUACAGGAUGGAUGGGUUCAAUAGCAUGGGGCGUGGCUUCCAUGUUCUCCCCCAUCUCGACGAUGCUCUUCCUGCGAUGGGGUCAUCGGCCCAUCGCCUGCCUUGGUGUCCUCUGCUGUUCCAUUGGUCUUCUCGUGACAUCCUUCCUAUCAAACCUCUGGUAUAUGUAUGCAUCAUUCGGCUUCGUCUUCGCGGCAGGGACGAAUAUGAUCAAUUCCGUUUCCUUCCACCUUACAGCCCUCCAUUUUCCAGGCCAAAAGGGGGUCCGGCCUUUUGCCUUCGUGUGCUUAAGCGGUGGUGCCGCAAUGCUGGCCGGUGCUCCACUCAUCGGUGUGUGCAUAAACGCUCUCGGAUGGCGAUUCAGUUAUGCAAUGUUUUCAGGCAUCACAUUCAUUAUAUGUCUUCCUAUGUGCUACUUUUACAAGAAGCCCCAUGCCUGCCAUAGCAGCAUAAAUGAGGACGUGGUAAAAUACGGACAGUGCACGUCAGAUUUCGAAGGAAGAGCUACAAAGGAGAUGGAACACAAGGGGAUGCGUUAUGACCUCAAAACAUGCAGUGCUUUGACCGAUUCAGAAAAAGAUGGAUUUAUAUCAGAGUGUGAACGCGAGGUAGACAGUCGGCUACUGAAAUCAAGGAUCCAGGACAAGAAGCUUGCUGAACGAGCUGAUGUGGAUAAGACGUCAUCUGGGUCAGGAAUCAAGUCCGAUAAACAUCCAAUGCAGGAACACCACAUAGACUUGACUUAUGAAUCUCAAUCAAGUUGUAACCGCGAUGCGUUUGUUCCCAGCGGCAAACCGCCACGCCCACAACAGAAGGCCGCUUCCGGUGCGGACAUCGGGGUCGAAGAAAAGGAUCGGAGCAUGACGGAGAUCAGUGAAAGCGUUGUUAACAUUGUAGAUGAUGGUGGUUGCUUGGGAAGAAUGUGUGGCUUUGCUAAAGUUCCAGGGUUGUGGAUGGCCGCCUUUGGAACGAUGACAACGACGGCAGCAUCAGUUUUUAACGUCAUCAACUUGGUGAGCUACAUGCAACUAAUUGGCUUACGCGAAAGAACAUCAUUCUUACUUGUCAUGGGAUUAGGUCUAGCAGAAAUGUUGGCAAGAAUAUUCUAUUUUCUGGUCGGCUCUAGUUUACCAGUAUCAGGAAUGACCACCAUGUCUGCUGUGAACCUAGCCGGGGCUGGACUGUCAGCCUGUCUUGCUCUACUCCCGAAAAUGGAAACUAUCAUUGCUUAUGUCAUUGUUGCUGGUAUGGCCCGUGGUAUAUUCUACACAAUAAAUCUGCCAUCGUGUUUUGAAUUAUUUACUGGAUUAGAGAGCGCUGUCGUCAUCACUUUUAUGAUGGUAGGAAACGGUAUUGGUGGAUUGCUAUCGUCAACAUGUGGAGGUUUAAGUUUUGAUCUAACAGGUUCAUACAGUGCAGCCUUCUUCACCUGUGCGGGUCUAUAUUUCACAUCUUUCCUCAUCUUUGGGAGUCUUCGACUGUGGCCAAGAACAUUGGCUCCAAACAACGUUCCUCUUCAGGACUCACAGCAUUCCAUCUAAAUUAAAAAGUCCAAGUCUAUACGAAACAGCAGAAUAAUUUCAAACCCAUAUGAGGUCGCAUGGUUUGGAUCUCGUCGGGAGAGGGGGAGUGGGUUAAAACAGUGAAGUAGCUUUCCAAUUGGUCUAAACCACUUCAUCUACUCUCUGUUUCCUCUCAUCCUUUACGGUUUAAUCCCCUUUCUCCUAUCAACCAUUUGGUCUAAUUGCUAGUUUGCCCAGUUACAAUAUUAAACCUAAUUGCCAGUUUAUGUAAUAUUCAUGGGCAGAGCUACCAACCUCAAUAGGGAAAGAAUAUUAUUCAUAAUUUCUUUUUUAUCCAAUUUUCAAACCCCAAAUCCUGUUUUUUGUUGAAAUUUUGAAAAACAUACCAAAAAUCACAAUUUUUGCAAGUUUUGAAUUUCCUAUUUUUCAGGGAAUAUCCUACUUGGUUUCUUUUUCCUCUUAAAAAUACUACAGGAUAAAAUCCUACUAAUUGGCAGCUCUGUAUGGGGCAUUGGAAUAAACUUGCAAUCAAUUGCAAGUCAACUAUCGGUCCCUAUAUCAAUCAUAAGUUUUUAAAUUAAGUACGAAUUUGCAAUUGAUUUCUCAUCUGCUUCUUGAAAUAAGCAGGGUAACCCGAUUUUCUAAAGUUUAAAUUGAUCAAUCAAUUGUAGAAUUGCAACAAAAUGUUUGCAAUUGAAUGCAAAUAUUUUCAAGCAAUGCCCCAUUAGGCUUUAAGGUGAAAGGAACGUCUGAACCAAAAUAUUAUUUGACAAAGUACAAAAUACGAUCUAGACCAACUGAGCAUUUGACGAUUUGAUAAUUAGACUAAGUGGGUAUCAGACCAAGUGUUGUGAAGAUCAAAUGGCACUGUGGCUUUGUCUUAGAAUAAUGACAAAGUAGACCAACUGCUACAGAUUGACUGAAUAUAAACCAAACCAUAGAGGGGGUAAAACCAAACUGAGAAGAAGGGGAAGUAAAUCGCUUCAUAAAUAUUUAAAAACUUUCUUUGUAAAGUCAUACAAAUGGUACUGACUGGGCUCAUAUUUGGGAAGGAUAUGUUGAAACUUGUGUCUGUGUGUGAUGCCUUCAUCAAUGCCAGUUUAGCCCUUGUUGAAUGUUUUCUGUAAUUACUUAAUAGUUACCCAAGUGGGCUUCCAAACUAUA